AUAAUCCGAGUAACUUUCCCCAGGGGGACGGAGAGUCGGAGUUGACAAACGAAGCGACGUAUCCCCAUAGAGAGGGAGAGAGUUUGAGUAAACGUCAGACUUCACCGGACAGCGGGUGUUUUUAAAGACUAAGUUUCGCUAGUAAUUGAUGAUCAACGUGGAUUCAGAACGUUGCUGUUUUCCAAAUCGGAUGGUGAAUGUCGGUCGAUGAUAUAGCUCACAGCAAGGUCUGGGAUUCUUCACUCUGCAUAUACCCAACCAAGAUUGCAGAAGCAUGGUCUGUAACAUAACUAACUGGCUUACUUUGACGUCUCUUCACGUACUAAACGGAAACUGCAACGGUAAGCAAAUAAACGAAAGGCAACGAAACAGUAGUGUCGGCCUUCCCUUAUAAGCUAAGGCUCUAGCUGAAUAGUAAGUACCUUUGAUAUCGCUGAUGAGCAUAAGUUCAGUUAAAGGGUAGCCCUCGAUGAGGUGCUAAUUGAGUUUCAAAUUUCUAUUAAUUUUUAACUCGGUGUACAGACCUUUCCAAGUGUACACAGAGUAGAAAACUUACAAAUUGGUCGCUCCUGUGAACUGGAAAAGAUGUCCUAUUUGUUUAGAGAAAACUGAUGGAGGUUACUGACUGAUUGCAAUCGAUUUUGUAACCUUGGUCUUGUUUCCCAACAUUUCAUUAGCAUCUCAGUUUCAAUUUCCAAUCUUUUUUUUUUUACUUUUUACGAUCAAAGAUUCCAAUAAUAGUAUUUAAAAAAUUACAGGAUAUGGAAUGAUGAGGUCCAAUUAGCAAUAUGGCAAUAUCUUAUUGAUUAGUUGCCCUUGUCUCAUUACAUAUUAAAGAACUGUAACAAAGCUGAAGAGAUUUUGUGAUGGACAAUUUAAUGGGGAAUGAGAGUUGCAGAAGGGGAGCAAAAGAGAUUCAAAUCUCCUGCUUGAACAAAGGUUUAUAAGCUAUCCUAUUGCUUCCUCCUGAUUUGACUACAGACUCCUGACCCCUUUUGUUAUGAGUACUGCAGAUGAAUGAUUAAAAAUGGAUAUUUAUCUUUUAGCAUUUGCAUCUACUUUCUAACCCAUCUGCUCCUACCUCUUCUGCCCCUUCUUCCAUCUUGGGUAUCCGGAAAGCUAAGACCUAAGACCUAAGACCCAAGACCUGGAAAACUAAGACCCUGGUUUCUUUUAGGGGAAAUCAUCAAAUUUCAGCUUCCUUACCUGGAUUAAAGUUUUCUGCAUUACUUCAAGUUGUAAAGUGAAUUCCACAUCUAAAUAUAUGUGUCUCCUUGCUUUUACUUUCUGAGCUGACAUUCUGUUUUCACAGAAACUGAAAACUAGUAAAUGGUAGACUGUGUUGGUGGGUAAACUGGAGCGAGCAUAGCCCUUUUCAUUUCUCUUAAAGCUCUGAGGCUAGUUGUAUUACUAACAUUUUUUUUUUUAAGUGACUAAUUCUUGUUCAUCCUUGAGUGUUUUAUGAAGAAAUCACUCAUUAGCCAUUUUUGUCCCCAUAGCCUUUAUUGCUACUCUUAGCUGGUGAAACCUUGGCAUGAGAAACAAAGAGGUCUGGGGUCAUGGGAUUUUUGAAUUGAUUGGAAUUUUUUAAUUGGCUGUUUAUGACAAAGAAUUCUUGAACAGAAGUCAAAAAUGCAACAACUCUCUUAUAUAUUCUUUUGAAAAAUUUAUCACUACAUACAUGAAGACUGGAAUCUAGAAAUCCUUCACUUGAUAAGAUUUUAAGUCAAAAUCGCAUUCUCUAGCUCUGAAUGAACCUUUUGUUUGUAAGGAGCGACAAAAAGGAAUUUUUCAUUACCAGAUCAAUACCUUUUCAAGUAAAGAGGUGAUGGAAAAAGAGAAAACAUUAACUGGGGAAUAUUGUUUGAUUUUAACACCAAAUUCCCAAAGCUUUUAGUAUGAGAAAUAUAUAGCAGAUGUUGAAGAGAGUUUAUGUAUAGAUCUUGGGAGUUAGAGGGUUUAUCUUCAAGUUAAAUCUUCUCAUUUUAUUUCUUUAGGGACAAAUUAUUCAGGAACAUAUUAUUCAGGGGUACCAUAUCAUCCAGUGACUUUCUCCAUUUACAUUGUGACUGCAGUCCUCUGUGUCUUGUUUAGUACUGUUACUUGUCUAAAGUACAACAGGUCAGUGGAUGGUUGAAGUACUUGAAGGUUUAAAACAUAUGGGUCCAGUUUAAGGAUGGUUAGCGCAAACCCAGGGUUAAAUUUUAAUCCAGGUAUCUUUUUUUCUCUAUUCAUGAGCCUUUUUAGGAUAAUUUUUCCUAUUCUUUUUAGAGUAUCCAAUCAUCAAAUUACAGACAGAAAUAAUUAAAUUGUAUUUUUUUUUUUAAGCUUUCAGAUCUGAAACCAAUUUUCACACUAACCCAGGGUUAUCUUAACCCAGCUUUGAACAACUCAGCCCUGAAGAAUUACUUGAAAUUACACUUAAACCCCUUGUAACAUGAAUGUAAAUUUAUUGUGUGGAAUGAAUUGGCUGGCAAUCACAGAUGCAUUGGAUAUUUUGAUCCACUGCAUUGUUAUUUUGAAAUAUGUUUUAACAAAAAUAAAAUGACAUACCUUCAGAAGUGUUUUGUAAUGAAGGAAGUAUUUUGUUUAAGUGAACCAUUUUGUAUUGUUACGUUCCAGUGUUACUGUCCUGAACAUUACUGUUCGAAGUAAUGUCAUCUCUAACAAUGCUUGGAUUGCAUAUUUCAUUGUCAUGUUCAUAAGGUAGGUAGAGAAGCUGCUGUUUGUAGCCUAAUAAGUUAGUUACGUCAAUUUUGGUACCACUACAGUUUAGUUUCCAGGGCAUUUGUAGUGCAGAUUGAUCACUGAAAAUUGUAUCUUUGGCUUUGAGGAUUUUUUCAUUUUGCAUAACCUAUAGUGUAAGACAAAUGAGAACACUUUUCUUAUAUGUUAAUAAGCAAUUACUGAUCAGAAGGAGGUUGAGCAUGAUAUAAUACAAAAACCAAAUUUAUUAGUAAUUCUACAUUCUGCAAAAGAAAAAAAAACACCUCUCUCUGAGUUUGCAAAAGUUUGAGAACAUUACAUGAAUAAGGGGCUUGGAAAUUAACCUGAAUUUGAACAUGGCAUCAUGGUGAUAAGUGCAAUCCACUGUAGGUAUUGCAUUUAUCAUGUCAACUUUACAUGCUAUUAUGUAAAAAUUGAAUGCUAUCAGUCAAUCAUAUUUUUCAUGGUAAGUCUAAUUAACAAUUAUUCACCUCAGGCUCAGUGAAUAUUUCUGAAUAGUCCCUGAGACAAAGUCAGGGGGAUUAUUCAACAAUCUUCAGUGAGCCUGAGGCAAGUAAUUGUUUUAGUAUAAUUGCCCACAAUAGUGUUUUUUUCUUUUGCAGAUUGUUUAAAAAAUGUAGAAUAAAACAACUUAUGAAUUGGGUUUUUGUAUUAUAUCAUGCUCAACUUCUUUCUGAUCAGUAAUUUCUUAUUAACAUAUAAGAAAAGUUUGUUUUGAUGUUAAAACCAUUCUGUUUUAAUUGUUCUGACCACUUGUAUUGAGAUAAAGAGCCAGUUUCCACUAAAAUUUGAUAGGUUCACUUGAUCAAUCAGCAAAAACUUUAUAAGUUUGUUAGAGUAUAAUUUUCUGGUGAUUAUUGAGAUGUGCAUGCUCUGAUUGGUUAAGGAUUGUGUCAUAUCUCCCUAUAAUUACCUCACAAAGGUGAUUACAGUAGGGGCGUUAAUUUUCAAAAUGGCUGAUGUUGGCAGCAUCAAAUGUUAGCAAGGACAUGAUAAAGGCCAUUGAAGAAAAUUUAAUUCUAGCUGGUACAAAAGAUGCCAUUUAGUUUGGCAUAACACUUUUCAAAAGAGAGAUAUGAAGUUUUUGCAGACUGAAUUAAAUAAACCUGUUAAAUUCUAGUGGAAACUGGUAGCAUAUUUCAAUACCAUUUAACAAAACAAUUGUACCAGAAUGGUUUCAACACCAAAACAAACUUACAACAGAAUUUGGAAUCAGCAGAACAGCUUUGUCUUUGGGAUUACUCAACAACAUACACUUUGCCUUCAGCAAAUAAUUGUUCAAUAAUGUUAACUGAGGGAACCAUUGUUCUGUCUAGAUCAGCUGUUGGAGCAGGUAUCUACUCAAGUGUAACUCAACACUUUCCAGUGGGACUCCAAGUCUACUUCAUUGCAGGUAUCUGCAGUAUUAACAAUCAAUAAUAUUCCUACAGUUGCAUAAAUCUUAACUUCUUGCUUUUGAUCCCAAUAAGGUAAACUGGGCAUAGUUAAAAACAGUGCAAGGCUCAAUGGUCUGAUCAUUUAAACAUUUUUUAGCUGUUGUCUAACAAAAUGCCAUCCUAGACAAUCCUUGUUUUAGCUGAACUUUUUAUCUGAAAAUUUAUAUUUCUGAACAGCAUCAAGAGGUUAAAAGUUAAGAGUAGGAGGACAUUCAUUUAAUCAAAUCAACCCUCUUAUUGAGAAAGCUGGAGGCCCACUGAUGAUAUAAAACUGUGGGUUAGGGUAGCCUGCAGAGCAGGUGGAAUUUUGGCAAGAGAUUACUCAGUAUUUUCUUAGGGGAAAAUUAUGGUGGCAAUCUUUUAAUUUAAUGGCAGUAGAAUACUGAGGAGAGAAAUUUGUUUCUAGGGGGCAGUUGAUGGUCAAAAGUAAGGAGUAGGGUGGGGGUGGGGGAGUGAAGAUUUUUGCCUUUGGCUGCCUGCCUCCCCCACCGCUUCUAUCUCCAAAUCAAACAUGGCUAGUUGAAUAAAUGAUCACAAGCUUCUUAACAUUAACUCACCCUUGUAAGACUGUCGCCUGCACUAUAGGCUUGAGAUGGGGUAGACCUUGUGUAAAUAACCAGCCAAAUAUGUUUAUCACAGUUACAAUGACUAUGAACCAAUGCAAAUGUAUUUGUGUUUUUAGAUGGAGUGUUAAAGUCAUUUGAGGUAAGAUCAAAAAAAGAAGAGGUAGCUCUUUGCAGAUAAGUCAUAUCUGUUGCAUAAAGUUAUUGCCAAGAGGUAUUCAAAUUUGUGAUGUAUGAUCAUUCAGUUUUUAAACUUGAAGUUUACGUUAAUGUUAUGCUAAAUGUAUUCUUCUGCAAGUUUUACGAAUUGUUUUGAAACUUUGUUCACCAGUAAGUACAUAUUAGAUAGUAUUAUUAUCAUCCUUGUAACUCCUAAUAUAUCAUUAAUAAUUCUCCUUACUGUCUGUUGUACAAGAUGUGUGAGAAUUUGGUAUUUGAUCCCCUAAUUUAUAUUUUUCUUUAUUCUCAUCACUUGUCUGCUUGAUAUUGUGAGGAGAAAUUUUGUCUUGGUCACUCAUGGGAGUUGAAGGGUUAACAUUUAGUAAUGUGGUGUAAUCUCUUUUGUCAAUUCAUAAUUAUGAUUUUUAGUAAAUAUUUAUUUACGAAAAAUGUAACUGUGAAAAUUUUAAAAAAUGUGGUUAAGGGUGAUCCUCAAAAUAAUUAUAUGUUGGUUUAACCCUUUAACUCCCACAAGUGAUUAACGUGUAACUUCUCCCCAAAAUAUCCAUACAUUAUGCAGCAAAUAGGUAAUGAGAAUACUCAAACUCGUCAGGUAGAAAUUGUUAUCUUGAUAAAACACUAAAUUCUUGUGACUAGUUUACAAGGUAAUGUGCAGCAGCUAGAUCAUAGAGGGGAGAAUCGACAAUCAGAUCAUGGGAGUUUAAGGGUUGAAUGACUUCUGUUAACAAUGUGAGCAGAUGGUAUCAUGAGGACUUUUGCAGACAAGGUCUGAAUAUCAAUUCUUCAUGCUGUCUGCUAUACAUUUCUUACACUUACAACGUUGAGAAUUUGGUAGUAAAUCAAGUGAUAUCCUGUUGUUAAUAUUUUCCUCUUCUUUGCAUCACCUUUUUGUUUGAAAAUGUAUUAAGGAUGUAAGGAGAUAUUCCUUGUUGGUCAUUCCCAGAAAUAAAAUGUCAAUAGCUUUUCCAUUUUGAAAGUAUCAUUUAAGUCCAGCCUUUAGUUGGUAUUCAGUUGAAAGAUUUAAUGGAUUUUUUUAAAUUUAAAUUUAUGAUUGGUUAUUUAAUUUCUGAGUUGAACUAGGUUAUUUUGAUUUUUUUCUAGGUUUUUUGUUUGUUAUGUGCACUGAAUCAUCAAUGGCAGUUUAGAUCAUCAGGUAGCUAUUGAUUAUUGAUAUGUAAUGACACUUUCUUCAUUUCUCACACACCAAAUGCCAUUUGUCUGCCAGGCAAAGAAAGCGUCAGCACUUUAUUGACAAUUCAAGCCAACACUUACAAACAUAUCACAAUUUAUUGUAAAUUUGCAAGCUAUUACUGAAAAAAUAAACCUUUGGCAAGCUUGCCAUAGCUUGAUAUCAGAGGAACAACAUGCCAAUUGGUGACAAAAGAGAGAAGGGGGAUGGGUGGGUGGGUGGGCAAGUACAUUUAAGCUGUUGUUUUGUUUCAUAUGGCAAGAAAUAAACAAAUGAGUCACAUGGUCAGGUGGCAUCUAAUAUCCUAACAUGAACCCAGCCCUUAACUUAGUAUGAGAGAACCUUCCUCUUUCCUCAGCUAGCAUGAACACUUUUUCCAUUUGAUUCCUGUAACAAUCCUGUAACUGGUGUACCAUGAGUAAGUGUUAUUGAUACAGUCAAUCUGGUUUGAUUUGUUUCUUCCCAAACCAGGAUUUCUUAUGCAGGAAAUAAGGAGUUUGAAUUCGGGAGGGCACAGUACAAGUAGCACUGAAACUGGAUCACGGACUGGAAUUACAACAAUGGUAUUUUUGAAGUUUAAUUUCCAUAUGCAGAGUUAAGAAGUUUUAUGUUUGCUGCAAUUGAUAGACUCACUAUACAUUCAAUUAAUUGAGAAAUCUCUCUGCUGUGUGCUGCACCAUUUACGCAAGGUUUCUUUUAAAAAGGUGGAAUGUCUAUGCAUAUUUUCUCAUAGCAAUAUAAUCUGAUUGGUUAAAUAAAUCUCUUCUUAUUGGUAGAAUUAAUUUUUCUGAGGUUGAUGUAAAAAUGUAGUUUUAUAUCCCUUAAAUGUCAAAACCAUGAAGUGUGGGGGGCUUCCAUUUACCGGGCCAAAUGCAUACCCUUACUCAAAUAUUCCAAGAACAUUGUCUGCUUCUUAAACACAGGGCAGUGCUGCUCAAAUGAAAAAGUCCUACCAAACAUAAAUUUGCCCCCCCCCCCUACUCCUCCACCCGUGACUUAGUAUAUCAUGUUGGUGCUUUAUCAGGCGGACCAUUUUUGGAAGGCUUUGAAAAAUUGCAUUUUGUUUUAACAACCAUACCAAUGAAUAUUUGAUUAAAAUCUUUUGAUUUGUUUUUAUCACCAACCCGCAGUUUUCAAGUAAGAAAGUGAUCAUUUUGUUCACAGUACAAGUACUAUUGGUAAUACUGUUUCUGACAAUACUGGAAGCUUGUAUGUAAGUAUUCUUUGAAGUACUUGCUUAAAUUUGUGAGUCAAUUUACAUAUUCUGCCAUUGCUGCCAAUGAUUGUCCUUUCCUGAAUGACAUAUUUAAAACCAAAUCUCCAUUUUGGCUUGGUCAAGUCUCCACUGACAGAGGUAGUUCCAUUUUAAUUUCCAUACAAUCAACUGAAUUAUUAUAAAUAAGUGUUUAUCUGGUGUGAUAUUAUUUGAUAUAGUAUCAAUUUAUUAAUGUACCUACACUCUAAUAAGUGUCCUACCCCAAAUAAGCGCCCAGCCCCUAAGACAUAAUAUCAAGCCCCUCUCAAAUAAGCACCCCCCUUCCUCCCUCACUUUCUUAGAUAUUAUGGAUACAAGGAAUACCUGUUUCUAUUGCCACUUUUUUUUAUAUCUUUAAGCUUCAACUAUACAGUACAGGACAUUAAUGAGCACCUCCCUCGAUUGAGUGCCCCUCCUUUUUGCAGAAAUACCAUAUCCAGGAAAUACUGUAUCUGUAUUUACAAUCAUAUUGAGUAGUGAAUAUUUCUUAUUUUUAUUUUAAUAGUUGCAGCCAUUUGAGACAACUUUUUUGGACAUACAUGGCCUUAUUUUGGACACAGGCUCUUUUGACAAUUAUUUGGGUCAUUUUGAUUUUUUGGUAUGAUGAUGAAGAGGGCCCAACACUCAUGACAAAGGUGAGUUUGAAUUAAUUAAGAGUAACUUCAGCAUUUACUGUAUACUGUAAGUAAAUAAAUUUAACAUAUAAUUUUCGCCAGAAGAAUUAAACUUCCUAGGAAAUUAAAAAUUAAUAUAAUAUUCUCACCUCAUGGUACAGCCACACUGUUAAGCUUUCAAUAGACAGUUACUAAAAGUAAAGAUAGGAAUUCCAUUGCUAUUUUCAAAUGAAAAAAAUCAUUUCUGAACUAAGUAAGGUCCUGAAAGUGUUCUUGAAGAACAAAAUUUCUGUAGAAAUUAUAUUAGAAGUAGACUUGUGGGUUAUGAUGGAGGGGGGACUGAAGGGCUCUCCAAGAAGAAAUGUUUUUAAAUCUUUUUUAACAGCACUAAUAGCCAAUAGAUUUCAAUCAUCAUAGCUUGUAUAGGCAUUAUUAUUGAUAUUCCAAUGUAAUCAUUUCCAUGUUGGGUUCAACAAAAUACCAUUACAAGCUAAGAAGUACAGAAAUUACCUGAAAUUGUUACAAUAUACUGAAACAUUCUGAACAGAGGAAACUGAAUUCAUUUAUAUUUUUGUUAUCAUUACUCUUCUUAUCUUCUAGAUUUUUCUCGCUGGUGGGGUAUUCAUCACUCUACCUGCAGAUAUUCCAUCCAUUGUUUGGUCAUCUUGUAUUGAUGAUAUUCAUGGAAUUUGUGAGUACAUAACAAAGAGGUCUCCUCCAAGAAGUAUUAACUGUUACAGGCCUUUCAUGAUUGUUGAAUACUUAUUAGGGAUAGGUGGGUACUCAAGACUCAAAGUGCUGGUGGGGGUGGGGGAGCUUUGUAGAGGAAGGGAAAUCAGAGAGGAGGAUUUUCAGAGAUGAUUGCCAGAUCAGAAGAUUGUUGGAGGGGUAGUGUUUGUACUACCUAAAAAAUCCUGUAACUGAGUAACUGAAUUUUGCCCCUUCAACAUAAAUGUUAUAAAGGGGUGGUUAAAGGUCGCCUUGCUUGGCUUUGAAAUCACACAGUAACAUGAUUUCAGACCUAAUUGCACUCCACUCAGUUCAAUAACAAUGACAAAAGGACUAAGAAGGCAGGGAAGGAGGGAUAAAAGAGAGGUUACAGUUAAAGUGACUACUGGCUUUAACCCUUUAACUCCCAUGAGUGACCAAGACAGAAUUUCUCCUUACAAUAUCAAUACAAUAUCAACUAGAUAAGUGAUGAGAAUAAAGAAUAUUAAUUUGAGGAUAAUUACUUGAUCUGAUACUUAAUUCUCUGAACUAACAUUACAAGAAUGGUAUGGUUGACAGUAAGGAGAAUUACAAAUUUGAUCUGGGAGUUAAAGGGUUAAGGUGAAUGAUAUCUAAUAUUUCUUUUCAGGUGAACCAUGGAAGUAUUUUACUUCAUAUGAUUUGGCAUUGUUCCUCCUGAUUCCUGCUCUUAUAAUUUUCUUUCUUGUUCUGCGCAAAGAGUAUCUCAGACUGGAUCAGGUAAGAAUAACUAUAUCAGGAUUGUGUUUAUUUUUUUCCUUGUGUAUUGAAGUUGUUUGCAGAGGUCUCGAGGGCUAGGGGGCCAAGCUUAGGCUCAGUUACAUUUGACUUGGAGCACAAGCAUAUAUCUUUUCCUUGGUGCUUGCUACAGAUCUUUUGUCUAAAGUGUUUAGUUCUCGCAGGAGUAGUGGGCUCUUGGUUCUUGAUAUUAAAAAAGGACCCAAUUUUGGCAGUUACACUAAUUGGUUGAUGUCAAGGCAUGCAGGAAUUGUAUAUUUAUUUGGGUGCCUGUCUGCAUCUCAAAUUUAUCUGUUUUAUAUAUUCACAGUUGUUUUUUCCUACUUUUUUCACAUACCUGCUUCUCCACCACCCCCACCCCCCUUCUCUAUGAUAAUUAUACUUCAAGGUAGGGAUCUGCCAAAGAAAAUUUUGAGGAUGGAAAAAAGACAUUAAUUUUAUUUUGUUAGCACUAUCAUUUUAACUAAUAAACAACUGAAUGGUUAUUAAUGCUUAAUUAUUAAUUAUUAUGAUAGAGGAAUAAUUUGGGUAAUGAUGUUGUUGAAAUAUGAUUUAAAGAUAUUUAUAACGGAAGUUAUUACAUCAUUUUGUUUUUCUUUGUUAACAGGAAGCUAAGUACAGUAUGUUAGGUGCUGAAGUUGAUUCUUUGUUUUCUGAAUACUCACACAAUUCACAGCAAAGUUAAAGGUGUUUGGAUACAUCUUUGAGACACCUGCCUCUGUCAGUUAAGCAUUUGAUAAGAAAAAACUGUUUAGUUAUUCUUAACAAAAUUAUUAAAAGUUGUAAUGUAUAAAUCAUCAUUAGUUAGUGAUGAAUAAAACUUACUAGUAAUGGCAACCUCUUGACAGAAGUUGAGACAGUCAGAAGGCACAUUUCUAGAUGCAGCAAUGAAUUGGAGCGUUACUCAUUAGUUUCUAUUAAUAAUGUAGAAAGGAUCAUAAUUGAUGGUUCACAAAUUGUCAUAAGUAGGAAACGAAUACAACUUACUAGUAAUGAAAGCCACUUUACAGUAGUUGAGACAGUCAGAAUGUACAUUAUGGAUGCAGCGAUGACAUGAGGGUUUAUAUGUCUUAGGCACUGAGAAGUUGUCUCUCAGGACCAAACUUAUGUUAAUGUAAGAUGAAAAUUAAAAAAAUAGGGUGUCUUCAAAACUGGUCAUAUUAAUUUUCAAUUGAUUACUUUGAUGUAUACCUGCAAACAAAAGUAUGACUUAUUGGUACAUUUGUAAGAGGUCAUCACUUAAAUGAUAACUAGCAUCUAAUUUAUUAUUUUGGUAUCACCUCUGAAUCAAACAUUAAGGUUAAAUUGCAAGAAAAUAGAAACUAUCUAAUAAUUUUACAUGUUCUUUAUAUACAUGUAGAAUGAAUUUAUAGUUUUAAUGCCAGCCUAUGGUAGUGUGUUUUUGCCAUAACGAGUUGGGGGAAGAUUUUCAUUAAAUUACCCCUUGGACCCUGUAGAGUGACUGUCACCCCAGAAUCAAACAUUAAGGUCAUCAGAACAAAAGAAUUAAUCACCAACUAAAGAAGCUUUUGAUCGUUAAACAAAUUCUCCUUGUUGGCACCUUAGGAAAUCUAUAGAGAACAGUAUGGAGAAUAUGUAUACUGACAUUACGGUGUUAAGGGCAAAUGAAGUGCCAGCUGUUGCGUGAAAUCAGUAUUUGAAUGAUACAUUUCAAAUUGAAAAAUUUGUGAUAUUAACAUUUCUUUAGCUACUAAAAUAUUCAAUUCUUUCUGUCGUGACAGAGAAUGGGGCUAUUUUUCAAAACCUUUCCUAAAACAUGGUAAUUGUAGAUAUUAGCAAUAGCAUAUACAUUUAACAUACCUUUUUUUUUCCAUCACUGAUAAUGUUAUUUUUACACUCAGAAAACUGUUAACACAAUUUAUGGAAUGUCAUUGUGUUUCAAGGAAAUAACCAAUCAGGCAUCAGAUGCCCUUUUUCUUGAACAUUUUUGUGAUUGGUCAGUCAAUCAUUGACUGUUAAUCAAACCAAUGAAAGUGUUCACAGUUUUCUGGUGUUCUUUACUUAAGGUUUGAGGCAAAAUCAAAGUUGGUAAUUUACGUUAGAAAACAGCAGAGAAUUUUACUCAAUUAUAAUGUGAUAUCCUAGAGAUACUAG